GGUAUAGCUGCGAGAGAGAGAGAGAGAGAGAAAGAGAGAGAGGGGGAGGAAAAAAAAAAAUCCUAGGAGUGUUUCUGAACGCACCAGAGGAGCAUCUCUCUGACUUCGGAGAGGGGGGCUGAGGAGCACACACACAGAUAAAGACGGGCGGGCGAGGCGAAAGAGAGAGGCAGGCGGCGUUGGAGUAUCACAGCGCUGGUGGUGCUGGCAGAGCACGCCGAGCGGAGACAGGGGGAAUCCACUGGCGCUGCUGAUCCCGGUGUUGUCCCUGGCACAAAAAAAAAAAAAAAAAAAAAAAAAAGAAGAAGCUGCUUGAGCCCGAGACGGAACGCGGCGGCAGCAGCAGCAGCAGCAGCCAGGAACUGGCCGGGGGGGGCAGCAUUUCACAGCGACAACGAUGCGUGGAGACAGCUGAAGCCUGCACACACACACCACACCACCACACACACACCACCACCACACACACACACACACACGGGAGAACGCACAUGCGAACAGCUGAGCGGGGGAAGGACGCUCAGACACGGGCUGCGUCUAAAAGGUCGGCUUCAAACUUACGCGGGGAGCAGACGCUAAAUGUUUCGCCUUCUCUUCCAUGGAUGGUGGAUGACAGAGGGGGAAACUUCUUGAGAGGAAAUUCUCUUUUCAGCAGGACUGACUGCAGAGGUUUAUUUUUUAUUUUUUCACUCAACUUUUUUGUUUUUUUUUAUUUUAUUUAAUUUUUUUUUGGAGUUGGGGCUUUAAACCCUCUAAGCACAAGACAAAAUAACCUCUAUUCUUAGUUGCGGAAAUUGAGAGCUGUCUUUGAGACCAUUAAGAUGCCGCCUCCUGAUUCAGUGUGAGCAGUGAGUGGAUUAUGACGACUAUAUUUUGGGAUUUCUCCUUCAUUUAAAAAAAAAAGAAGAAAUAAAAUAAAAUAAAAUAAAGAAACCUAUUCGUGACUGGUGGAUUUAUGUCUGUCAGAGAAACAGAGGAUCCCCUGCGUUUUCUCCUCUCUCCUUCUGUGGAUUACAGAUGGGCUUUGUGAUCCCCCAGUGCAGUCUCAUGGAUGAUCGCUCGCUGCCAGUCAUUAGGAUAAAGUACAAAGAGGGACACAAGUGAGUAUUCAGCUGGAUUUCUAUCUCUGAAGCUUAAGCUUGUGUGAAAACAAGAAUGUCGAGAGGGGAUCUGUGACGAGAGCACAUCGCGGCAGCUUCUUCUUCUUUUUCUUUUUUUUCUUCUUCUUCUUUGCCUUUUAAUAAUUGUAACUCACUCGGGCUCGGUGAAUGAUUACUGGGGUGUAAAAUCAAGGCACAUCCUGAGCUUUAUCCAUUUUUUGGGCAAGCGAACCUGUGUGUUUACAGACCAUUUACCAAUGAGCAUAAUUUACUAAAUGAGGGGUGCCGUCUACCCGUCAGGUGGCUUGGGCACGGGCAGAGAUUGAUUGAAGUGAUCUGUGUGAAUCCUAUUAAUGCAUCCUGGAUUGUGGCCAAGACAGAAGCAAUGGAGGGGAACACCACUGUCUAGCAGCACAAUCUGAUCUGCCUCCUCACUGGACAAACUGAGGACCCUCUGCAUUUCCUCUUCAACGCCACUCCUCCUCCUAAUCCUCCUCCUCCUCCUCCUCCGUCUCCUCCUCCUCUAACUCUCACCCAGGCAAGGAUGGUACCCCCGCCCCCCACCAACAAGCCCCACGUGUGCCUGUCCACCAUCCUGAUCAUGAGCAGCAUGGCGCUGAUCGACGCCUACCUCGUGGAGCAGAACCACGGACCCCGCAAGAUUGGCAUCUGCAUCAUGGUGAUGGUGGGCGACAUCUGCUUCCUCAUCGUCCUGCGCUACGUGGCCGUGUGGGUGGGCGCCGAGGUGCGCACGGCCAAGCGGGGCUACGCCAUGAUCCUCUGGUUCCUUUACAUCUUCGUGCUGGAGAUCAAGGUCUACUUCGUGUACCAAAACUACAAGGCGGACAGGAAGAGCUUGGACGCGCUGGCGAGGAAAGCGCUGACGCUGCUGCUGUCCAUCUGCAUCCCGGUCCUGUUCGUGGUGCUGGUGGCCAUCGACCACAUGGAGUACGUCCGCGCCUUCAAGAAGCGCGAGGAGAUCCGGAAUCGGCUCUUCUGGGUGGUGGUGGACCUGCUCGACAUCCUGGACAUCCAGGCCAACCUGUGGGAGCCUCAGAAGAAGGGGCUCCCGCUGUGGGCGGAGGGCCUGAUGUUCUUCUACUGCUACAUCCUGCUGCUCGUGCUGCCCUGCGUGUCCUUGAGCGAGAUCAGCAUGCAGGGCAUCAACAUCGUCCCCCACAAGAUGCUCCUGUACCCCAUCCUGAGCCUCGUCACCAUCAACAUCAUCACGCUCUUCAUUCGCGGGGGGAACAUGAUUCUGUACCGGGACGCCAGGGUGUCCGGGAUUCUGAUAGGGAAGAACAUCCUGGCCAUCAUCCUAAAGACCUGCAGCUUCGUGCAGUACAGGAGACAGUUGCAGAACGCUCCUCCCGCCUUCGGGGUCGAGCUGCAGAAGAACUCGGUGGCUCACGCCCGCCCUGCCCCCACCCCUCCUCAAGUGGUCAUGCAGGACCAGACGCCUCUCCCGGAGGUGACGACUUGCGAACACACAUGACGGAGCGGCGCGGCCGAUCCUGGAAAUAUCAAUACGAUUAUGUAUGAGCCUCAGGAUGUCGCCAGGGCACAGUGAUCCACACCUUUUUUUGGGAGGGCAUGUGAACACUCAUGUGAGAAAAAAAAAAAAAAAAAAGGAAAAGAAAAAAAAAAGAUCAUCUCCACUGAUGCUUAAAGGCACACAGGACACUUAGUGAGGAUAGAGCAGCGCUGUAUCCAAAGCCGUCAUGGUGCAGAACAUAGUAUUACUUGUGACUUUUCCCCUCUCAAGUGAAUCCAGCUAACUGUGUAUUUUUUCUAAUUGUACAAACGGAGUAGGAGGGGAGGGGCGGGGAGCGAAAAAAAAAAAAAAGCAACUACUGCAAGAUUAGAGGAUAUAUUUUUGAAUUGUGUGUGUUGCAUUCUAAUCUUAAAACUUAAGGGUCUGUGUGCUGUGGUGUGUACUUUUCCGUUGCUCGAACGUUCAUAGUAGUCGAGGGCUUUAAUAUGUGGAAAUCAGAGGGAGCAACCGAUGAGAGGGGUUAAUGAGGAGGAAUGAAAUAAGAGUUAAAGCGCUCUCUCUUGAGAGAAGUGUAUGUUUUAUAUGUGAUUCUUUGAUAAAGUAUUGUGUACAAGAUAAAGACUUUCCUGCUCUCUC